UUGCCUGAAAGCUGCUGCUGUUGGUUCCUGAAAUGAUCUCAUCUGAACAUGGCUCCAGCGACCUCAGCCGCAGGAACUGGAGGCAGCUUGCUUUCUGCGGUGACAAUGUUUUGAGACAGGCAAAAAAUCAGAUUUUAUCAUGUGGGCAACCUGCUGCAACUGGUUCUGCCUGGAUGGACAGCCUGAGGAGGUACCACAGUCCCAGGGAGCCAGGACGCAAGCCUAUUCCAACCCUGGGUACAGCUCCUUCCCUUCCCCAACAGGCUCAGAACCAAGCUGCAAGGCCUGUGGGGCCCACUUCGCAAACAUGGCCAGGAAGCAGACCUGCUUGGACUGUAAGAAAAGCUUCUGCCUGAGCUGUUCGAGCCAAGUGGGGAACGGGCCCCGCCUCUGCCUCCUCUGCCAGCGCUUCCGGGCCACAGCCUUUCAGCGAGAAGAGCUCAUGAAGAUGAAGGUGAAGGAGCUGCGGGACUACCUGAGCCUCCACGACGUCUCCACGGAGAUGUGCCGCGAGAAAGAGGAGCUGGUGUUCCUGGUGCUUGGCCAGCAGCCUGCAGUCCCGCAGGAGGGCAGGACUCGUGCCUUGUCCCCAGACUUGCUGGAGCAGCAGACCUUCCUGAGCCAGCCACACGCCAGCACGGUCCCUCCUCCCUCGGCCGGCCUCCCUGCGUCACCUGCACAGGCCACCUCUGUCCCCCCGACCCAGGCACAGGAACGGCAGCAGGCCAAUGGCCAUGUGUCUCAGGACCAAGAGGAGCCCGUCUGCCUGGAGAGCACAGCCAUAGCACCUGCUGAGGAUGAGACCCAGUCCGUUGACUCAGAGGACAGCUUCGUCCCGGGCCGGAGGGCCUCUCUGUCUGACCUGACCCACCUGGAGGACAUCGAAGGCCUGACAGUGCGGCAGCUGAAGGAGAUCCUGGCUCGCAACUUUGUCAACUACAAGGGCUGCUGUGAGAAGUGGGAGCUGAUGGAGAGGGUGACACGCCUGUACAAAGAUCAGAAAGGACUCCAGCACCUGGUGUGUGGUGCUGAAGACCAAAACGGGGGAGUGGUGCCAUCAGGCCUAGAGGAGAACCUGUGUAAGAUCUGCAUGGACUCACCCAUUGACUGUGUUUUGCUGGAGUGUGGCCACAUGGUUACCUGUACCAAGUGUGGCAAGCGCAUGAAUGAAUGUCCCAUCUGCCGGCAGUAUGUGAUCCGAGCUGUGCACGUCUUCCGGUCCUGAGGGCUUGCAUCGGCUUCUUCAGUGCCUUACAGGGACAUAGCCCAGGACGUGUGGGCUCAGGGUUGGCCAGCUCACAGAGGGGCAGGCUAACAGAAGAAAAUCUGCGUGUUCCCAAGACCAGGGCAAGCAAAGAUGUCGUAUCACCCUGGGCAUGCCCGUCUUGCGCUGGGGGUGUACCUUACGGCUGGCAGAGCUCCAGACCAGCAGGAACUGGUACAAAUGACACGGUGAGUCCCUGUUUCAGCAGUCUCGGGUUGGUGAUGGUAACAGAUGAACAGAGGACUUUCCAGAACUUGGACCAUGUCUUCUUCCCUUCCUGAGAUCCGGGUUUCACCUCCUGUACCCCACCCCCUCCUGGAAAUGCUCGCCUCUGUUUCAUUAGUCAGAAGUCCUGCUAGGAAUGGUUGCCUUCUGCCCCAGCACAUUUGGGUUUAAAUUUCUGGUCUCUGGCUUUCUGCGCUUUAACUUACCUUUGCUGCAGUCUCUUGCUACAUUGCCUAAACGCCAUUUGUUUCUUUGGACCAAAAAUAUGUUAGUUUACCAGACCAAUAAUUGUCCUCAGGACAGAAUUUGGACCACUAAACUUACCUCUGGGGAGAAAUGAAGCACAAAUGCUAUAGGAAAUGUCAGAGUUGUUAAGAGUUGCUUAAGUGCUGGAUGGGAUUGGAAGCUAGGUGUCCUGACCUGGAUGCUGUGAGCCAACAAAGCAUCUGGCUUGCAAACCUCUGGUCAAUCCCAGUGUGUAUGAAAGGGAUGGCGCAUGCCUCUUCUGGGGCCUGACUUUGCACCACCCAGCAUUUCAGAUGAUGAGGAAAGAGGGGCAGUGUUAGGUGGAGGUAGCAGCUCUCUGCUUCCCUUUGAUUUCUGACCCUCCUCGUCCAGCAGGCAGGAAUCUUAAACCACUUUGAAGUUCCUGUCUUUCCUGUGAAGUUUGUAAACUUGGUCUCACUGAAAAUGAGAGACUCAGGGAGAGCUCCGCUCUCCUUUAGCCACACUUCUCAUGCCAUUCUUGGGGACCAGACGUGGAAGAGCACCUCAGUAGCACUGGGAGGCGCUAGAUGACGCUGGGUUCUGCCUGUGCACAGACAGGUUAGUCCCUCUGGGUGCCUCUCCCAGCCUGCUGAUCUGGGACAAGUCAGGGAGGACACGAGUAGGCGAGUCCUCACAGUCCACUGAGGCUGAUGGAAGGGCUUAAGAAAAGCACAACACCUCUGCUAACAGAAGAGCUGUGUGAGCCUCCAUCCCCAGGGAAUGAGCUAGGCAAACUACACAGCAGAGGGCCUCGGGAGCCCCCUCACCCCACGUACCGGAUACGCACCCUGUGCAGCCGAGACAGAGAACUAGCUAACUCGGAGUGGAAGGCAGUGGGACGCCUCUGAGGGGACCUGUUACACUGGUACAUACUCAUGCUGCCCUCCAUCAACCACUAGCCCCUUUGUGGGGAUGAAAUGUCGUCAUAAAGCAGCUGUCAAACACUAGGCUACUUCCCUUAACAUCAUACAGAGUUCUGGAAUACAUUGACUCGGCCACAGCCUUGCACAUUUUCCCAUGAAAAUAUCAUCUUUCCCUCACGUUGGACAGUAAAUAAUGUAGUUUACAAUGCCUACCAGUUUAGCAAAGGGUCACUUAUUCAGCCACUCCUCGAUUCUACUGUGAAACAGGUCUAUAUGUGCAACUCGGUUCAGAUCUAGCAAUAACUUCAGGGCAGAAGCUGGCUCUCUCCCAUAUAACUUCCUUUUCCUGCUGAGGCCUUAACUCCCCUACCUCCCAGCUUCCCUCCCAGCUACAAGUGGAAGGUAAGAUGGGUACUGAUAGCUGGGUAAUAACCAGUCAGAACUAGGUCAUUCCCUCAUUGUGUAGAAAGAACUUGCCUUUUGAUCUUUUAUCCUCUACUGGUGAAGGGUCUCGUUUAGGAAAAAAGGUGUCAAAUAACUCUGGUUUUUAAAUAUUUUUUUUUGUAUUUAUUAUUAUACCAAAUAAAAGUUGGGAAUUCCAAGAUCCCAUUCCAGUUAAUAUCCAAUCCAGGUAGAAAACUUUUAUUAAUUUUUUCUAAUCCUUGAAUCUUUGAUCCUGCCCCUCUUGGAUCCUUGGUCUUAAUUAUUAUGGAAACAUCUAAUUCUUCCAAUAAUUCCAUGGCUUUUGCUCUGACUGCACUGAGAUUUCGGUUGAGACAUGAGUGGUUCAUAAUGCAUUGGACUAGUUGGAUCCAAAUUAUUAAGAGUAAGCUGUACAGAAAUUAAUGCUCAAUAUAUAUUGUAAAAUUUGUUGAAAUCUCUUGGAUGUGAAUGUGUUACUUCAAGUGGCUUAUAUUAAGAAUCUCAGACUGACUUGGGUGUUAAAGCAAACCCAAAUAUGUAUUUUUUUGUUACAGAGCUCAGCUUUAUAAUUUUGUAAUAAAGUGUCAACAUAGA